CUGAUGUCGGAGCCUGGGAGGGAUCCGUGAAGGCAGCCUAAUCCAGCCCAGCCGCUGAGUAGCCAUUUUGGUCCCACCUAAAUCAAGCAGACCAGCCUCACUUUGGGCCGCCGGAGAUGGAAGAAACCGAGCCGACGGCGAGUAAUUCAGCCACCGAAACCUUUUGAACCCCUCCAAGAAAUACCCACCGGUGACCCUCAACGCCAUGGCUUGUUUCUAGGCAGUUAUUUUUGUGUGAAAACAAAGCCCGGGGCGAUUUUUGGAAGUGCGGACCGACAGCGCCUUAACUUCAGGUGCUCGGCUCUAACACGUCCGGUUUGGUUUGAAAAUUGUCACGAUCCAUGCUGAGACUGUUUCCCCGGAGAGAGCUGCAAAGCAAAGCAAUAUUUUCAUUUUUCGGGUAAGAAGGUGUCGGUGGGUUUUGGACAUCGGACGGCCCCUGGUAGAGGAAGGACGAUUAAAAGAUGUCAACAAAAACUCCUUUGCCUACGGUCAACGAGAAGGUGACGGAAAGUCACACAUCUCACAGUAAUGGGCGUCAGGAGAUCGGCACGCGCUCGGCCCGGACCGGCGUGCGAUCGCGCAGCUCGGAGGAGCCGCAGCAGCCCCACGUAGGCAACUACCGGCUGCUCAAAACCAUUGGCAAGGGCAACUUCGCCAAGGUCAAGCUGGCCCGACACAUCCUCACCGGCAGAGAGGUGGCAAUUAAGAUAAUAGACAAGACGCAGCUGAACCCAAACAGCCUUCAGAAGCUCUUCAGAGAAGUUAGAAUAAUGAAGAUUUUGAAUCAUCCAAAUAUAGUCAAGCUUUUUGAAGUGAUUGAGACGGAGAGGACGCUCUACCUGGUGAUGGAGUAUGCCAGCGGAGGAGAAGUGUUCGACUACCUGGUUGCACACGGAAGAAUGAAGGAAAAAGAGGCCAGGGCUAAAUUUAGACAGAUUGUAUCAGCAGUGCAGUACUGUCACCAGAAGCACAUUGUUCAUAGAGACCUCAAGGCUGAGAACCUGCUCCUCGACGCGGACAUGAACAUCAAGAUCGCUGAUUUUGGCUUCAGCAACGAGUUCACUCUGGGCAACAAGCUGGACACGUUCUGUGGCUCUCCUCCGUACGCAGCGCCGGAGCUUUUCCAGGGGAAGAAGUACGACGGGCCGGAGGUGGACGUCUGGAGCCUGGGGGUCAUACUGUACACGCUGGUCAGUGGUUCACUGCCCUUCGAUGGACAGAACCUCAAGGAGCUGCGGGAGCGCGUGCUCCGAGGGAAGUACCGCAUCCCUUUCUACAUGUCCACGGACUGCGAGAACCUCCUCAAACGCUUCCUGGUGCUCAACCCGGCCAAGCGGGGCACUCUCGAGCAAAUCAUGAAGGAUCGAUGGAUCAACGCAGGAUUUGAGGAGGACGAGCUCAAGCCUUAUACUGAACCCGAGCUGGACAUCACGGAUCAGAAGAGAAUAGAUGUGAUGGUGGGGAUGGGCUACAACCUGGAGGAGAUCCAGGACUCUCUGGCCAAGAUGAAGUAUGACGAGAUCACAGCCACCUACCUGCUGCUGGGCAGGAAGGCCUCUGAGCUGGAGCCCAGUGAGUCGGCCUCCAGCAGUAACCUUUCUCUGGCCAAACCGAGACCCAACAGCGAGCUCAACGGCCAGUCGCCCUCCCACCUCAAAGUCCAGAGGAGCGUCUCCUCCAACCACAAACAGAGGCGUUACAGCGAACAAGUCGGUCAGAACGUCCCUCCGGGGAUGGCCCAUCCAAAGAGGAGUCAGACCACCACAGCGGAGAACAGCGCGAAGGAGGAAGGUGGAGUCCAGCUCCGUAAACCCAGCACCCCGGGGAGCCGUGGCGCCCCGCCCUCCAGCCCUCUGCUGGGCAACGCCAACAACCCCAACAAGGCUGACAUUCCUGACCGCAGGAAAGGCGCCACCACCGGCCCCAGCAAUAACACUGCGUCGGCAGGUAUGACCAGGAGGAACACGUACGUCUGCAGUGACAGAAACAACACGGACCGCCUCUCCGUCAUUCCCAACGGGAAGGAGAACAGCAUGACUGAGAUGGCUUGUGCCACUAGCCCCUCCUCUGCCUUUGCGGCCGCUGUGUUCGGUGCCUCGUCCAGUUCGGUGCGGCUGAGGUAUCAAACCGUCGGCCCUUUGUACGCUUGCCAGGCAGGCUGGGCCACGCUGCCCCACUCCUACUACGCUCUGGACUACUGCUCGCCCAACAGCGUCGCGGUGUGCCUGCGCCCGCCCACCCUCUCCCACGAUGCCACACCUCUCUCCCAGACCCGCAGCCGUGGAACCAGCAACCUUUUCUCCAAACUCACCUCCAAACUCACCCGCAGAAACAUGUCAUUCAGGUUUACCAAAAGAGUCUCAACCGAGUUUGAGAGAAACGGGAGACUUGAGGGCUCAAGUCGCCAUGUACCUGGGGAUCAAAAAGGGGAAAAUAAAGACAGUAAACCCCGCUCCCUCAGAUUCACUUGGAGUAUGAGGACCACCAGCUCCAUGGAGCCUUGCGAUAUCAUGCGGGAGAUUCGCAAGGUGCUCGACGCCAACAACUGCGACUACGAACAGCAAGAGAGUUUCCUGCUUCUUUGCGUCCACGGGGACGGGCGAGCCGAAAACCUGGUCCAGUGGGAGAUGGAGGUUUGCAAGCUGCCCCGUCUCUCCCUCAACGGUGUCAGGUUCAAAAGGAUAUCCGGAUCAUCCAUCGCUUUCAAGAACAUUGCUUCCAAAGUUGCCAACGAGUUAAAGCUAUGAACAAAAGGGUUUAAAAGUAUACAUAUAUAUAUCUAGAAGUAUUUAAGCUGUACAAUCAUCCAAGUAGCAGUUUCCAAAUGUCUCCUUUUUUAAAACAAAAUACAGAGUAUGUAUUGAAUAUUAUAAUGUAUAGAUUAAGGCUUUUGGCAAUAAUCACUGAAUUAACUUCUAAUAUCUCAGUCUAUUCUGGCCACACGGGGUCGACAUUAACGAGUUGAAUAUGAUUUGUCAUGCUGUGAAUGUGGACAAAAAACGCAUUUCUAGUCUUAUUUAUUUCUUUUUUUUUUUUCUCUCUCCUGGAAAAAGAAUUACGUAGCAUUUUGUUCUCAGUGUAAAUAAUGUAUCUUACUUUCAAGACAGCUUCACUGCAAUACUCAUUUUUUUUCUUUUUUAUUUCGUUAAAAAGUAGAGAUGACGGGGAGUCCGUGUAAAUGCCCACAUGGUUAAGGGGGUCACUCAUGUCUCAAUUAAAGUGUCUGUCAACUUGAA